UGUGGGUAAAGAACCGAAGAUCUUCAUCUUCGUAGUCACAGUUCUUGUUGUCACCGGUAUUUGGGUUGCUCAGGAAACACGUUCAUGACGAAGAACAUAGAAGACAACGAGGAUAUUCUCUUGUCGAAUUCGGGCUUAAGACUGAAAACCCCGGGCUUCACAAUUUUGGGGAAAUCGAAAUCGCAAUUGGAAUUGAAGUCUGAGAGAAUUAGGAGAGUGACAUUGGGGGUGAAUUUUCGGGAGGAGGGAUGGAAGAGGGAGCGGUCGAAAUCGGAGCCUCCGGAGAAGAACUCGUCGUCGAGGGUUCCGAACGCGGGAGAGCUGGAGGAAGGGGCGGCGGCGGCGGUGGCGGUGGUGGUGGUGGUGAUGGGGGUGGGUGAAGAGUUAUGGUUUUGGGUGGGUGGGUGGAUGGGGUGGGGUGCGGGGAAGAUGAAUACAGGUUAA